ACUCCUCAUACCGUCUCCUCGCUCGCUUCAAGCACAUUGUUCAACGCGGGCUCAUUUUUUUUCUCUCUCUCACCCAGAACCAAUGAAUACCUUGCCGCAUUUUAUCCACUGAAAACUCAACUGUUCUGGAAGAGAAUAAGACACAGGCAUUUGAAGACUGCGGGAAGAGGACCGAGACAUUUUUUUCCUUCUUCUGGUCAAAGCUGAGAGGCAACAGAGUUAAGAGAUUUUCCCCCUUCUCUGGCAGACGGAACAUCAUUCUUGUUGCUAAUUAGACCUCUGCUUGUUCAGCAGUUUGUGGUGAGCGGCAGUGGCAAAGAUGACAGAGUACAAGCUGGUGGUGGUGGGAGCUGGUGGUGUGGGCAAGAGUGCGCUCACCAUCCAGCUCAUCCAGAACCACUUUGUGGAUGAAUAUGACCCCACCAUAGAGGACUCCUAUAGGAAGCAGGUGGUGAUCGAUGGGGAGACCUGCCUGCUGGACAUCCUGGACACUGCAGGUCAGGAGGAGUACAGUGCAAUGAGGGACCAGUACAUGAGGACAGGGGAGGGCUUUCUCUGCGUCUUCGCCAUCAACAACACAAAGUCUUUUGAGGAUAUACACCAAUACAGAGAACAGAUUAAACGAGUAAAGGACUCAGACGAUGUUCCCAUGGUGCUUGUGGGAAAUAAAUGUGACCUCCCAGCACGUACGGUGGAUACAAGGCAAGCCCAGGAACUUGCCCGCUCCUACGGCAUCCCAUAUAUAGAGACCUCUGCCAAGACACGACAGGGAGUGGAGGAUGCCUUCUACACACUGGUUAGAGAGAUCAGACAGCAUAAGUUGCGAAAGCUGAACCCACCUGAUGAAAGUGGUCAGGACUGUAUGAGCUGUCGCUGUGUUGUAUCGUGAUGCAGCUGUUGCACAUUUAGGAGGAAUGCUACAUCGUGUAGUGGCAGCAUGGACUUGAAGAUUGAAAGACAAAGCAACUCAAUGAUAAAUUAUAAACUUUUCAAAAUGAGGAUGAUUGAAGCAAAAGCUCUCAAGGAAACCACCAGAGCUGACUGAACCAUAGACCUCGGAGAAUUUGGACAGUUGCCUAAAUGACUAGCUGAACUGGCCUUGCCUGGUCUCUAUUUUUGGUCCGCGUCGACCUGUGAGCAACACCACUAAUGACUCUUGUCAACUCCAGUGUAGUCUCACUGGGUAGCUCCAUAAGUUUCCUGCUAACUUAUUGUUUUCAGUCUCAACACUGGUCUUAAAGGGGGUGUUCCUGACCUCCUCUCACCUUGAAAGCCUGAUGCCAUUCCCCCUGCCUGCCCGCCAGGAUGGCUGAAUGACUAAAAUGGAAUUGACUGGAAUGGACAUUAAGUUACCCCAAUGCCUCCCACAUACAUAAACCCACCAUCCCACACCGCCUACCUUUGUUUUCCCCUAGAACGGGUGUGUAGUUCCUCCAUUAUUCCAGGCACCAGGAUGGAGGCUGACAUGAGAAUGACUACUUUGUUGUUGUUAAACUAAGUUAGGCUAGAUGUAAAAAUCUUUGAUUUUUGUUCUUGAUAUGGACCAGUUUGUGAUUGAGGAUUGGAAAGUUCCAGAGCACUAUGUGAGCAAUGGUGUUUUGUUUUUUGUUUUGUUUUGUUUUCUAAGAUGGCACCUGGUUUGACAUUUUAAUAACCUGCCUGCCAUAGUUGGAAUUCCUUUUUAGGAUAGAUCAGUUAAAUGGAGAAAAAUAAGAUAGAUGAACUUAUUUUCUCCAGAACGCAGCUGCCUUUUCUUCUUCUUUCAGAUAUUUGUUUGCUAAGAGUUGUUGUGGAAUAAUAAUAGUAAUGGCUAGUGUACGUAGGAUCUGGUGCAAUAGGAUUCUUUCCUGUCCAAAAUACAGAGUAUUGGGAAAUAUACCACUUCUCAUGUCUACCUAUUUUUCUGUAUUACUUUGAUUUAAGAAGGAGAGGUACAGUGCAUGAAAAUGGAGUUGUCACAUCACAGUUGCUAGCUGCUGAAGUGGUUAAAAACCCGUAUCUUGUACAGUUGAACAGUGAUCUUGGCUGUGAUAAAUUAUAGCUGAGAUUAAAUAACAACCAGUCAUUUUUUUUUUUUUUUGCAUUUCAGCAACUGUAUGGUGUGAAACUGUUGUCUAAUAUUUUUUAGUAAAUACAACUGUUUUUAGACUGCAAGAAAAGAAUAGUUCUUCAUGGUUGAAAAGGCUCAGGAAUAAGGGUCCAGGAACGUUUAAUUUUACAAUCCUGGAAACAACGGUCAAGGAUGUCACCACUAGCACUGCAGAGUAUAAUGCCUCUGGGUCAAACUUCAGUUUUGGGGGUUUUUUUGUUUUGUUUUUUCUUUCCACAAACCAUAAUAUCCUCAAACUGCUCCUCUUUCUCUGCCACCUCAGCUCUUUAAAGGGAACAAUAACAGGUCAGGUGCUAAUCAUGUCAGAACCAUAUCUACUGUAUCUGUGGGAUAUUAUGUCUAAGAAGUAAUGGGUAUUAGGUUAUGGGAGUGCAUCGCUUUGUUUCUUAAUACUAACUAGCUUGUGCUCUCCACUUGAUGCCUAAUGAAAGACUGUUCUGUGUUUACUUUGCCUUAUUGGUUAGAAGUUUGUACCUCAUGUAUGCAGCGAGUUCUACCUGAGACAAAUGUUAUGUGUUCUGCUUGCUGCAUUGUUUUGUUUCUGUUCAACUGUGUGCAACUAAAGAAAUUGUGUUAAGAUGUGCGCUAUGUAGAAUUUCACAAGACAACCUCACAUAACACUACACUGAUUUUGAAAGUGACUUUUCUCUAAUGAUAUGUGUCUGAAUGUGAUUCCUUUCAAUAUGUUUUUAAUAGAGCUCUUCAGACAAAACUCAAUAGAAGUCAAGUUAUUAUUCUCCAAUGCUUAACAGACAUGGUUUAGUUUGUGAAUAUUGAUUCAGAAAAAUGAAGUCUCUCCCCUUGGGUCAGUUUACUUAGACUGGUACACGUGAUAGUAUUUACAGGAAAUUCUAACAUAUACUUCCCAACUAUAAAUAUACUGUGCAGAAAAUUGAUCACCUAUGAUAGUGGCUCUAGUUUCAGACUCUACAGUAAAAAUUCUUUGGAUGCACAUCUCAGUGACACUCCAGACCUCUUUUGUAAAAAGAUAGAUUUUCAGAAGACAGCUGAAACAUGAAAUGCUAUUUUACUGUUGUCUCCCUCCAAGGGAAACAAUGUUUUUUAUUUCAGACCUAACUGAUUUUGUACAGAUGACAUGAAUCUUUUUUCACUUGCAUAACAUAGCAUAAAGAAAUAUGAUCAGUCUAGUUAUUGUGUGGAUCGUAGUGGUCGAGUUAAUUUGUUCAUUUCUCUUCUUGGAGGAACGAUAUGAACUGUGAAUGUGCUUGAGUUGUUAGAUAUUGUUUAAAGUUGCUCCAAAAGAAGUCUUGUUUGAAAUAACAAUAUGCAGGAGUUACACAAUUUUAGAGUUGAUCCUUGCUCCCAUUUUUGGAUGUGUUGUCCCUAACAUGUUUGACCACUGUACUUAAACCUUUUACAGAAGAAGAGCUGGGAGUUCAUAAUGUAAUUACAGUCCUGGUAGUAUGCUUGUCCUCUUCCUGUCCAUAUCUAUACAGUACAACCAUAAUAAUUCAAUAGAGUACCGCAAAUCUAUGCAUUCAAUUCCCAUUGCAUUAGAAUAUCAACGUCAUGUUGCCGCAAGGAUAUUCAGCCAGCAAACCACAAGUAUACAUGUCAGAAAAACUGGCAGGCAUGACUGACUUUACAGACUACUGGGAGUUUUGCAUAGGGAUACUGUGGGCUCAAGGGCUUGUUUUUUCCCUUGUAAACUGUGGAAUGCAGGUGUGGAAGGAUUUUGUGAAAAUGUCAACUGUUUAGCUAUUUAAGAUGUAUUUACUCUUUGGAAAUGUGGCAAAUGUAUUGCAGGACAGGAAUAAAGAUGUCAAGAUGGAAA